AUGGAGGAGGCAGGAGAAAGACAAGCAGCCCUUCAUCUAUUUCCUCCAGACUCAAGGACCCGCUCACGUGAAAACAGGACCAGGAUGAGAGGACACCCUGUAAGGAGGAUAGACAGACAUGCAUGUCUGAAGAAGGCUCUGUAGACCUGCAAGAGGUGAGCCUACCCACACAUGCACCUUGCAUCACUGAGAAAACACAGAAAACUGACAACAUUCAGAACAAGAUAUUUGAGUCUGAUUACACUGAUGAGAUCCCCCAUCUUCCCGUUUCUUCUCAAAAACACUUUCUCCCACUGACUCCAUCCAGACCCAUUUGUGAUCCUUCUGUUGUUAGUCUGCAGUAAUUAAAUAAUGUAAACUUUGCCUUUUGACUGAUUUAUGUAUUUCUGUCUUAUGUAGGAGGACAAAGGAGUCAGUGAGUGGAGAGGAUGGCGGUUGCUGACAAUUGCAGGACUGUUUGACUGCUGGACUCCCCCUAGUGGUGGAGAUCCCCUCUAGACCUACACCGUGAUCACUCUGGGUGCAUCCCAUAAUCUUCAAGGCAUCCAUGACCGGUAUGGGUCUGUCUCAAGCGUUACUCUCUCUUUGAGUAAAGUAUGCAUGUUCUUUAUAUAUGAAAGUUUGUGUAUGAGGUAGACUCACCAAUGAUUUUGCUUGUGUUGCAGGAUGCCAGCGAUUCAACUGAGAGGUCAGAAGGUGGCUGGAUUUUGGUGAGGUGAAGUCAUUAGAUGCCCUUAAACUGCUUCAGUCCAAAAACACACUGACCUUUCACAGUCUCCUCAUUGGUCAACAACUCUCGAAACAAUUCCCCCGAGUGCCUGCUGCCAGUGGAUCCUCAGGUUAAGAAGGUACAACUGCAUGACCUCCUCACUAAGCUACAUAACCAUAUUUGAGAUGUCCGUGUUCCAAUCAUUGAAUAGCUCCCGAUCAUUAGAAAGGUUGUCCCAGACCAAAGACUUAACAUAUCUAGAUUUAAAACCUUGAAGAGUAAAGAUAGAUAACGGGCUCCAUACCAUACUACAUUUUCCUCCGCUUACCCACUCAUCAUAUACCCUUCCUUCCCCAGGCGCCCAAGCCCUCAGCAGGCAGUAAGAUGAAGAUGGGCUGGCUGAAGAGCAGCACGCCCUCCAAGAGGAAAGCGCUAGACACUGGGGAAGUCGAACAGGAGGGGCACACAGGAGAGACCAGGCCUGAGAAGCAGCCGAAGACUGCAGGGAGCCAGUAA